GAUCAUCCCACAACUGUGAGUCAGGAGGCUCCGAAAGCAUCGUGCCGAAACUCUCUGGAAACUUUGGGAUUCAGGACUCGAGGCCGCUUUGGACUUUGUCACUCAGUCACUUUUGCAGACAAACAGAAGGGAUUUUUUUUUUCUUUCCGUGUGUUUGCAACGCAGCAGAGUGUAAGGGGAGAAUCAUGCAGAUACCGUCUGCGCAUCGCUUCUUGGCUGUGUAUCUCACGCUGUUUGGAUACCUUGGGGACGUUUACACGGGGACUGUCCUGAUGAACUCCAACGCUAUCAAAAACUUGCCCGGUGCUUCGGGUAGCAAAGGCUCCGACACUGUCAGUCCGAGCCCGCGCACCUCUCCCUCCGGUAGCGUGGGACACAAAUUACCCGCAGACACCUUGCAGCCAGGUGUUUGCACGGAUGAUGAAGACUGCGGAGGUGAUGAAUUCUGCAACGAUGCCAGAGGCGCCUGCCUGCCCUGCCGUAAGAGCCGGAAGCGUUGCGCACGGGACUCCAUGUGCUGUGCAGGAAACCGCUGCAGCAAUGGUGUUUGCCAGGCAAAUGACAUAGAUGGCACAGAUGCAUCCAUCAUCACUGGCUGGCACAAACACAAUAACACCAUGGAGCAUCACGCCAAGAAGCCUCCCAGUGCCCAUGGCCAUCAGCCUCCUGCUGUGAAAGGCCAGGAGGGGGAUACUUGCCUGAGAUCUGCAGACUGCUCUGAGGGUCUGUGCUGCGCCAGACACUUCUGGUCACGAAUCUGUAAGCCUGUGCUGACGGAGGGCCAGGUGUGCACGCGCCACCGCAGGAAAGGCACCCACGGCUUGGAGCUGUUCCAGCGCUGUGACUGCGGCGACGGCAUGACCUGCCGACCAGAGAAAGGAGACAGAGACCACGGCGUCAGCAGGACGGCGGCCCGGAACCUACACACCUGUCAGAGACGCUGACACACACGCAUGGACACACACAGAGACAGAAAGAGACACACCACGAGACACACACCCAGCAGACCAACAAAUCAGUCACAGACACUGACAAACACACACACACACACAGACACCCAACACCUAAGACAUUCUUUCCUGCCAAAGUUGCUGACAUAAACAGCACCCGGAAGGAUAGACAUGAUUCCUGGAAAAGUGAUACACCCAGAGGGAUGCAACAGAGCAAGACGGACCGAUCCAAUUCCCCAUCAACAGAUGAGGAGUCGGAAGUUAGGAAGUGACAUUUCAGAAGUCUUGGGAAGAUCGAUUCAUGUCGUCGGUAAUGGCAGAGCUGUUUUGUUUCUCUUUUUAUGGAACUUCAAGCCUCAGUUAUUGCAGUAAAUUACUGUAUUGUAAAUAUUAUCCCAGAGGUGGCACUUAAUUGAGCUAUUGAAUUCUGUCAACACCGGUAUUAUAAAGACAUGGUGCUGCAUGCAUUGUAAAUGUGUUAUAUAUAUUGUUUUAUAAGAAAAUGUUAUAUAUAGAAAAUCUGAAUAUAUUUGUUUUAUUAAACGUCAUGUGAUA